AUGAUACUCCAAACGAGUCCUUCAAAAACACAUCUCUGGCAACAGCACAGUGAAAACGAAGAAAUUGUGUUCAGAUUUGAGAUAGAAAUUCAACACUUCUUGAGACCGCAAUUGAGACACCGAUUGACCGCAAACUUCUUCUUCAGACGCCAGCCGUCGGUCGCCAGCAAUGAACAUCGGCACCGAUUGAGUGGAUCUGAUUCUUCAGCGAUAUCUCUAACAUCACGUGUCCGUAAAACGAGACCAACUUAUGGCUGGCCAUCGACGCCGAGUCCAUCGCCAGCAGGCAUUCGCUCAUCUGCUGAAGAUAUGCCACACGUUUGCAGACAUCCAUCCGAUGGACACUUGUAUUGUCACAACUGUUGGUCCGAUUAUGAGAUCAAUUCACUGCUCGUAAAGACAUUUCAAAUACAAGUAAUGUCUCAAUCGAUGGACUCGUUGUUCAGCGCUUCCAAUGUGUUGAUAAAUGAAGUGCAAGAGAUUCUGUUCCCGCGAUUGGAGUCACUGAUCGCUUCCAACGACCCGAACAACAGUCUUCUGGUCGAGUCGGACAUCGAGUCACGUCUGAAGCAAUUGGACGCCAAUUGUGACAAAAUGGAGAUAAUUGUGAACAAAAGCGGUCCACACGAGAGGCCGCAGAUGAAGAUGCGUUUGGAUCAGUUGCGGUACGACUCCAGACACCUGUUGUCGUCGCUCCGGAACCUAAACCACAGACGAGUCGAGAGGGAAAGACAGGACAGGGAGAGGGAAGAGCUGCUGACGCGACGCUUUACCACAAACUCCGAGACCAAUAUAGCGAUGGAGAACUACUACGUGGACGAGAAUACGCGGCUCAAAGUCGAGAGGGAAAGACAGGACAGGGAGAGGGAAGAGCUGCUGACGCGACGCUUUACCACAAACUCCGAGACCAAUAUAGCGAUGGAGAACUACUACGUGGACGAGAAUACACGGCUCAAGUCAUUCAACACCAAUCUGGACGACAUGAUGGCCUCGGGUUCGGCCAUUCUGUCCGGUCUUCGGGACCAAAGAGGUAUACUGAAGGGCGCCCACAAGCGCCUGAUGGACAUCGGGAACUCAUUAGGUCUGUCCAACACUGUUAUGCGGCUCAUCGAGAAGAGAGGGGUCACCGAUCGGUAUAUACUCUUCGGAGGAAUGAUUGUCUUCUGUGUACUAAUGCUUUUGAUUUGGAAGUAUUUGACAUAA